AGUUAAUUCAUUGAUUUUCAGUCACCUUCUUUUUCCCAAAUCAACUCAUCAGUUUCUGCUCAUAGUUUUCACCGGAGCUCAAUUUCUCAAACUCCGUUUUGCUCAGCUCGAAUCAGCUCUAAUCAGCUCGGUAGCGACUUCUCUGCUUGCAUUUCAGCUAAUUAGGUUUUUUUGUUUGUUUUUGCUUUACAAACUUACCCAAAAGCUACGCCGUUUUGAUGAAAGCCAAAACAAAAACCCUCGUCUCGUCCUUCUUACACGACUCUUUUCUGGGAAUCCGACUCCGAAUUUGAGAGAACAAAGGGGCAAAACUCGAAUCCUCAGUAUAUCACAGAGCAAAUUUCGGCUAGGAAUCAAUAAUCAAUUUGCGAGUAGGAUGUCUUCCUCAUCGAACCAAAUAUCGUCGUCGUCGGUUUCAGAAAGAGAACAAAUGGUUGAUAAAGAGAAAUCGAAACAGGCUCGUUCCAAAGAUUUGCAGGAAGAUAUGAUAAGUGAAUUGUCUGAUCCUUUGGUACAUGAGAUACUUUCUCAUCUUCCAAUAAAAGAUGCUGUGAGGACAACCGUUUUAUCCACCAGAUGGAGUCGUCUAUGGCUUUGGGUUUCUCGUUUGGAAUUGAAUUACCGAAAAUUCCCAAGUUUAGGCACAUUUGUGAGUUUUGGUGACAGGUUUUUCGAUUCGAGUAGGGCUUCACGCAUGCACAAACUCAGGUUAACUAUUGCUGGAAAGGAAGAAGGUAUAGAUGUUGCCUCUUGUUUUAGAUCAUGGAUUGAUGCUGCAGUGAAGCGUAAGGUCCAACAUCUGUAUGUUCUAAGUGACUUUAAUGAGAUGCCUCCAAGCCUUUACAACUGUGAGACAAUGGUAUCCUUAGAACUCUGUGUUGUGACUUUGGGUGAUAUCGAGUUUGUUUCUUUGCCUUGUCUGAAGACGAUGCGUUUAAGCUAUAUUGAAUUUACCAAUGAUGCCACCUUUGAGAAACUUGUCUCAUCCUGCCCUGUCCUGGAGAAGUUAGAGAUUGAGAGAGGUCCUUCUAAUUUUGAUGCAAAAGUCUUUAGGGUGCGCUCUAGGUCACUGAAGAGCCUCGUUUUUAAAAAACUUUAUGGCACGCAUGCUCCUGGUUCAGCAAUUGUGAUUGAUGCUCCUCAGCUACGAUUUUUGAGCAUCGUAGAUAACUUAUCAGAAAGCUAUAUGAUAGCCAAUUUGGAUUCCAAUGUCAAGCUAGAUCUUUGUGUCCACUUUAUUAAUGGGUAUUUUCACCAAGCGUUCUUUGCAUCAGAGAAACACAUUCCGCGGUAUUCUCACUGGAAGUUCAAAGGUCAGGGAUAUGACAAUUUCGACAUCCACUUUUCAGUUCAUCUGUCGAUACAUGCAAUCAGAACCACUGCCUCAGUUUGUUAACAUGUCCCGCCUACAUGUCGAUCUCUGGUCAUCUGAUUUGAAAUGGUUUCCAACUUUUCUUGAGAGUUUCCCAAAGUUGAAAUCCCUCAUUGCGGUAUGCAAUGAUGGUUAUGAGAAACCGAAUAAAAUAAGCUUCUCAUCUGUGCCCGUGUGCAUGUUAUCGUCUCUUGAGUUUGUGGAUUUCAAAGGCUCCUUCCAGGGAUGUGCUGCUGAAAUGAAGCUGGUGAGAUACUUUCUAAAGAAUUCGGCUGGCCUCAAGAAACUCACUCUGCGUGUCGGAUCUUUUUCAACAAAAGAUGACAUAUUGAAGAAACUUCUCAAAAUCACUACCAAAUGUGAAGUCGUCAUUCUCUGAUUGGUAAAGAGUAGAAGGAACAUAGUGAGGUUUUAUGUGUUCCUAACCGCUUGUUCCUUUUGGGUAAUGGCCUAAUGGGAAUGAAACUAUUUAGGUAUCUUGUUGGAAAUCUCGUUGUUUUUUUGGUGGUUUUGUGUAAAGACAUCGAUAAAACUAUGAGGGUUUUGUUUUUGUAAAAGACAAUGUAAAUAUGCGUAGCAGUUUCAUGGCAACAUUUGAGAGCUUUUUACUACUCAAUUACUUAUAUGUUAUAUUUUACUGCUAUAUCUCUAGUAUUACAAGUUUACAAA